AUGGCCGAUGAGCGUAAUAUCUACGGGUAUAAUCCCUCUCUGCCCGCUGCAGUCAUCUUUAUUAUCCUAUUUGGCGCUUCGACUGCAUACCAUGGCUAUCAGCUCACCAAGGCCCGAUGCUGGUACUUUAUUCCAUUCGUGAUUGGAGGAGUCCUCCAGAUCUUGGGAUAUAUUUGCCGCGCCGCCUCGCAUGACAACUACUACGGAGUCACCCUUUACGCAUUACAAACCACAUUCAUCCUGAUUGCUCCUCCACUAUACGCCGCAUCAGUAUACAUGAUCUUGGGAAGAACAAUCACAUAUCUCCAUGCUGAGAACCUGAGCUUGGUACGGGUGGGAUGGAUGACCAAAUUCUUCGUCGCGGGAGAUGUGAUCUCAUUCCUCAUGCAAUGUACCGGUGGUGGCCUUAUGUCCACUGGUUCCAACCAUGACCUCGGCUCAAACGUGACGAUCGGUGGACUGAUUGUCCAGCUAUUGUUCUUCGGAUUCUUCGUCGUCGUCACCAGCGUCUUCCAUUUCCGCAUCUCACGCAACCCAACUUCGAAAUCGCGAGCCGAUCGCGACUUGACCAGGGGACAGGGGUUCAAGCAGCGCAACUGGUUCACCAUUAUUAUCGGGCUUUAUCUUGUCAGUUUCUUGAUCCUUGUUCGAUCGAUAUUCCGCUUGGUUGAGUACAUCGAGGGUUAUGGUGGGUAUAUCAUGACCCACGAGGUUUUCAUGUACAUCUUUGAUGCCGUGUUGAUGUGGGCUGCAAUGGUUGUCGAGAAUGUUUACCACCCUGCGGAGAUUUUGGGAAAUGGGAAAAGCAAUAAUGGAGCAUACGAGGAGACCAUGCAGUUAUAA